UCCUAUUUCUCCUGACAUUUGCAAGGCUGGUUUAUUUGUUACUCAUCGGUGCUGUAAUCAGUGCUUUCAUUUCCAGCCUUCUGCCGCUGGGCAUAUGAAAAACCAACCAGAGGUGAAACACUCGUUGCUCAUUAGCCCUUUAUAUUCUGCUGGAGCAUCCCGAGCUCAGGGCACGUAGCCGCACAGCGCCGUGUGUGCCCGGUGGCUCCGGCUCCAUCGAGGGGACCGGCGUGCGGUGCCGUGUCCCAGCACAUCCCCGUCCGCCCGGGGCCGCUGCCGUGGCCCUUGGCGCUGGAGUUUGGCACGUCGCUAUGGCGACCCCGCCGCCGCAGGCAGCACCGAGCCGCCGCCAGCACAGAUACCAGCAAUAUGCCUGUCAUAAAGUACCCGAGGAUCAGAGACCCUCUCUUUUAUGAAUGGGACAGGAAAGCCCAGAAAUGUGGAUUAAGACACACAAUUUAUGCUGUAAAUGGGGAUCAGUAUACUGGAGAAUGGCUGGACAACUUGAAACAUGGUAAAGGCACCCAGAUUUGGAAAAGCACAGGAGCUAUUUACAGCGGUGACUGGAAGUUUGGGAAGAGGGACGGUUAUGGCUCAUACAGCAUUCUUGACCCAGUGACCAAGGAGUACAAGAGGGUGUACACAGGCUGGUGGGAAAAUGACCGAAGAAGUGGCCGGGGGACGUUCUUUUACCCCAACGGGGAGCUCUACGAGGGCGAGUGGAGCGAUGGAUUGCGGAGCGGCUGGGGAAAGAUGCACUACAAGGACGGCUCCACCUACGAGGGACAGUGGCUGACGGAUCAGCCCCACGGGCAGGGCCUGCUGCAGCUCCCAAAUGGAAAUUGGUACAAUGGAGGUUGGAAAGAUGGCAAGAAGCAUGGCCCAGGGAAAUACGUCUACCCAGAUAAGGGACAGCUGUUAGAAGGCAUCUGGGUAGCAGAUAUACCAAAGUGUGGAGUUCUGGUUGACUUUGGCAGAGACGACGCUCCAGCCCCUACUGAGUUUCCACUCCCAGAGGUCACUGAGAAGAGCCUCAACAGUCCAAUAGCCUGGGAUGAACUACUGGUACACUAAGGCAGGAUAUGCAAGUCUGGCUGUUUAUUUAACUCCCUGAAGACCAAGUGAUGAUCCAACUCUCUUCUGCUCUAUAAGCAAAAACAAAACAUCAACUUUCACUGCUGUUAUUGUGCUUUCAAUGGGUAGAGAUCUGUUGAUCUCAGAAUACGAAGUAAUUGAUAAAAGGAGAAAAAUGGAAUUCAGGUUUUUAUAAACUUUUGGCACCACCACCCCCUUUAUUAAAAUUAUAGGUGAGGCCUAACAGGCUGCAAAUCAAAGCCACUUUUGCCCAAGAGUGUGUUUUGUUAAAGUCACUCACAGAGAACUAUUUCAAGGAGAUAAAGUGAUGUUCAGCACACUAAUAAAAUUAUGGGAGUGUAGUUGUUUCUAAAUAAUUGAAAGGCUGCAAUAUGAGCUGAAGUCCUGAUAUGUGAGAGACUCUCCAAUAAAGAUCUAUAAAACCUUAAGCUUCUUCAAUUACACUGCAUAACUGAUUUGUAUUCUUUUUAUUUAGAUUAAACUACAUGAUCCAGCUGGUGUUUUAGCAGAGGCCCGGGCAAUGUUUGAUGACAGCCAUAAUUAAUAACCAGAUGCUGAAGAAAAAAAAAGAAAAAUUCAAGAACACGAUCCUGGGUUAUUUAUUCCUUCGAGUGUCAAACCCACACCAUGGUUUUCGUGUUGCAGUCUGCCUCAGCCUUCCCUCGAGGCUGUUCAGGUAUACUUCCCUCUGCAGGUGGCUUUGCUCAGUAGCCUCCUCCCACCCCCAUUAUUUUGGAAAAGAAAGGAAAAAAAAAAUUAAUGGGGAAAACCCCAAAAGACAAGCACCAAAAGGAUGGAAGAGAGGCAGAGUGACUCUGCUCAGCUCCUCUUACUCCUCCUGGUAAGAAUUCACACUCCUGCUGGUUUCAAGGCCUUUGCUUUAGAGAAGGAGGUUUCUAGUACGUGUUUUAAAAGCAUAU